UUUGAUGUAAUUUGUACACAAAAUGAAUAUAAAUUCAGACACUUAGACAGCUGACAUUGAAGGAGUUGGAUCAAAAUGGCUCAGGGUAACCAAAUUUCUGUUCUAAGAAAAAUGUUCGGCUUGGGUAAAAAAAAACCCGAAAAUUCGUACAUAGUGCCUCAGAACUCAAAAAUCAAUUUAGAUAAUAGGCCUGCUUUUAAGGAACACAUCGCGAAUCUCAAGGAGAAUAAUUACGAUCGCACCGUCAUGAAUAAGUGUCCACAUUGUGAAAAUAUGGCCAAGAACUUUUUGUACCUGGAAAGCCUUAUACGCAACAAUUGCGACAAGAAUCCGAAGUGCAGCUUGUGCCAAUCGUCCCUCAAGUAUCUACAGUAUGUGAAUCGAAACAUAAUGCAAGUGUUCGGAAACUUUGACUCGAUUGUGCAGGCUGCACGCGUAUUUUCCACCCAGGUGCCACCGUCGCCAAAAUACUCGGUCAGGAAGCCCCCGCCCAAGGAAGAGAAGUCCGGUGGUCGGUCUGAGGGCGGCGCCCAUCUCAGUGCACAGAAGUCUACAAAAUCUCUGAAGCCAAUCAAAUCGCAAAAGUCCAAGAAAUCGAUCAAAUCAUCGAAGUCGGGCAAGGCCCUGCCAAAGUCAAAGACCAAGACUUCCGCGGGCGCAAAGAGUCACACGAGCCACGGCAAGAUGGUUCUCAAGAGUAAAUUCAAGUCGAAACCGGCCAAAUCACCGAAGCUGAGCAAGCAGCUCAACAAGGUGGUACGCAGCGCCAGCCAGUACCAAAACCUGCGCGUCAUGCGCUCCAAGGUGCCCACCAAGACGGCCAAAACGAAGAAGCAGCGCAGCACCACGGCGCCCACCAGCAUCAACUGGAGCCUACUUAAACGCAAUAUGCCCAAACACACCAAGUCAUUCGGUGUAUAAUAAAUUGCAGAAAACGAGUUUACCUAUUCAAUGGCCUGACCGACAACAUAGAAACUCUUGAGCUGUACCAAAAUUAUCCGUUCGAAAUUUGUGAUGAGCAAAAAUAUUUUCAU